AUAUGUUUGUUGUGAUUGGGCUUUUGAGUUCUACUGCUGAUUUUUGUUUUAAUUUUAUGCAGUCUCGGAACCCGAAUGCCGGACACUUAAGAGAUGACCGUUUUCAAUUUGGACCGAUUUCCCAACGUUUGCCGGAUGUGUGUGCAGUCGAAGCCUCGGGAGGAGCUGAUAUAUAUCGAAAGCAGUUCUCUGGAUAACAGUAAUUGCACUCUGCUUGAGCUGCUUAACGAGUUGACUUUUGAGGUUUCGAAGAAUAUAGCCGAUUUACUGCCAAAAGCAAUGUGUCCGGCUUGUUUUGCCGUGUUGGAGUUUGUAUGGCAGUAUAGGCAGAAAAUCAAUCUGCUGACCCAGUUUCUAGUUGCUCUGGCUCAUCUCAAAUCUGGAAAUGAAACUGUAGUUUUAAAUCUCUUUGCUACUGAAUCUGCUGCUCUUACUGGCCUUAUUAAGGAGUUGAAUCUUUGCACCCAGGACGAGGUGAAGGUUGAAGACUUACUUAAUGAUUUCCGACAGAUGAAAGUCGUUGAAUUUGUUGAGCAAAUCAAAGUUGAAGAUAAAGGUAUAACUGAUUUACCCGGAAGUAGGAGUGAGUAUGUUCAAUAUUACAAUGUGGAAUAUAUAGAAGAUGAUACCGAGCAAAAACUCAGCCAAGAUGGCAAGCAGCAAGAUGAAUCUUUUACAGAAUUUCUCGAUGAAAUUGUAGAAGAGGUUGACGAACCAAUGGUUGAACCAUGCAAGGCUAUAACAAAUGAUCAUAAUAUACCAACUAAAAUGAAACCGAAAAUUAGAAUGCUCCAAUGUCACUACUGUACGUAUCGAACAACGUCCAAAGAUAUGUUUCAAAAUCAUGUUGAUCGACACGAAAAACCGGAUGAUGAUAAUCCUUGGAUCUGUUCAUUCGCCAAGUGCAACGCAGUUUUUCCCACUAAAGAAGAACUGCUGAAGCACAAGAAAGAGAUUCAUUCCAAAUAUGUGUGCGACAUUUGUGGCAUGGUUUUGAAACAUAAAUAUACCCUGGAGGUGCAUCUGAGAAGACAUACGGGCGAAAGCAAGUAUCCUUGUCAGUAUUGUUCGAAUUCCUUUUUUACAUCCAAUGAGCUGAAGCUGCAUAUGUCGGUGGUGCACCUUAACGUUGCAGAUUAUCAUUGUAAUAACUGCGGUUUGGCGUUCAAAAGUAAAAAAUCUUUAGCUCUUCACGAGAAAACUCAUUCCGAAUUGCGAGGAUUUAUUUGUGACGAGUGUGCAAUGACAUUCAAAACAUCAGCACAUCUUCGUCGUCAUCAAAACACGAUUCACCGAGCGAUCAAAUUCAGUUGUUCGAUGUGUUCUAUGAGCUAUGGCCGCAAAGACAAACUUAGGAUGCACAUUGAGAAAGCUCAUAAGAUUCAAACAUAUUUUCCAUGUGACAUUUGUUUGAAAUCGUUUACGACAGCCGAUGAAUUGAGUGAGCACAACCAGCACCACAGACACCCUAGGAAUUUGGAGUGCCCAACUUGCCUUGCGGCAUUCACUAGUCAGCAAGAAUUUGACAGCCAUCUCUGCAUAACCUACCGCAGUGAUUACGUUUGCUGUAAUCGUGAUUUCAAGUACCAUUUACACUUCAACAGGCAUAUGUUUCUCGAACAUGGCUUGAAAACAAAUGUUCGUGUGAAACCCGUUGCCAAUCAGUUGCUGGGAGCGGCUAGAGCUUCUCGCAAGCCAGUUGAACGCUGUACCAAAUGUCAACAGACAUUUGCAACGAGGAAGAUGAAGAAACAACACAUGACAAUCUGUGGGCUAUCUCAACUUACCGGUUCAUCGGAUUUGCGGCAGCAGCAUAACCUGGAAGGAGAAAUAACAAUAUCGGUGGAUGAUGGGAGCGUCGCGAUUGCUGACCAACUUUCGUACUCUGAUGCGUGACAGUAGCUGUAGCAUAUACUUAUUUAAUUUAUGCUGGUCAUUUUUUCACAUUAUUGAUUCAUUUGAUAUGGUUCAAGACAGAUCAAUAAAAGCUUUUUACAAGAUUG